GUUGUCUACCAGGUUCCCCUGAAGGAAAAUCACGUCUUGAAGAGAAACGUGGAUCAGCAGCUGAGGAUUAAGACUGUGUAUGACCGGAGCGUUGAGGAUUUGCUACCUGAGAAAAGACACCUUAUAAAGAACAAACUCUUUCCGCAAGCUAUAUCUUACUUGGAGAAGACAUUUCAAGUGCGCAAAUCCACGGGUACUAUAUUACUAAGCAGGCAGUGUGCAACGAACCAGUAUUUAAGGAGGAAAGCUGACCCUCACAGAUACUGCCGAGGAGCCUGCGCAAACCAUACAAGGUGUGGGCCAGUUAUAGUUCCCGAGAAACACCUCCAGCAAUGCAGGGUGUUCAGUGAGAAUGAAAGCGGACCCACUGGCUUACCUGACCAGGAAGGGGUGCGGGAUGCUGACUUUGUGCUCUACGUUAGUGCUCUCACUACUGAGAGGUGUGGCCACGAAAACAUCAUUGCCUACGCAGCCUACUGCCAACUGGAAGCCGAAAUGGACAGGCCUAUAGCAGGAUAUGCUAACUUGUGUCCAAAUAUGAUUUCAACGCAAGCGCAGGAAUUCAUCGGCAUGUUGUCUACAGUGAAACACGAGAUUAUCCACGCGCUGGGUUUCUCUGCUGGACUCUUUGCGUUUUACCGUGACGAUGAUGGCAAACCUUUGACAGCAAGAUAUGCAGAUGGACUCCCUCCCUUUAAUGAAAGUCUAGGUUUGUAUCAGUGGAGCAGUAAAGUCGUUCAUAAGGCAGUGAGGUUAUGGGACGUACGUGGUGGCAAAAUGCUACGCCAUGCGGUUCAUCUUCUGGUGACGCCUCGUGUUGUU